AAACAACUGGCAAAGACCAUAUUGAAACGAACCCCUUCCUGAUCCAGAUCCAGACCCAGACCCGUCAGGUCCACCCUCUGUCUGAAACUCUCUCCUGUCACGAUGGGAGGAGCAGUGAGCGCCGGAGAGGACAACGAUGAGCUGAUCGACAACCUGAAGGAGGCCCAUUAUAUCCGCUCUGACUUAGUGGAGCGGGCUUUCAGAGCCAUCGACCGUGCCGACUACUACCUUGAGGAAUACCGUGACAACGCCUACAAGGACCUGGCGUGGAGACAUGGGAAUCUCCACCUGUCUGCUCCCUGCAUCUAUUCGGAGGUGAUGGAGGCCCUGGAUCUGCGACCCGGCCUGUCCUUCCUGAACCUGGGCAGUGGUACAGGCUAUCUCAGCACCAUGGUUGGCCUGAUACUGGGUCCUUUUGGUGUCAAUCACGGGGUGGAGUUGCAUGCAGAUGUGAUUGAAUAUGCCAAACAGAAACUUCACCAUUUCAUCAAAACCAGCGAAAGCUUUGACAAGUUUGAGUUCUGUGAGCCCUCUUUUGUUGAGGGGAACUGCCUGGAGAUUCCACCAGACAGCAGACAAUAUGACAGAGUGUACUGUGGAGCAGGGGUACAGAAAGAGUAUGAAAACUACAUGAAGAACCUGCUUAAAGUUGGAGGUAUCCUGGUGCUACCACUGGAGGAGAAGCUGACCAAGAUCACCCGCACAGGACAAAGCACCUGGGAAACCAAAAAAAUCAUUGCUGUCACUUUUGCUCCUCUCGUUCAACCCAAACAUAACAUUAACGGCAGACUCCGACCUGUGCCACUACCAAAGUUUGAGGUGCGGACGCUUCAGGAUCUGGCCCGAAUUUGCAUCCGUCACACACUGAGGCAGCCCACAGUCCUGAAUGAGGGGCGGGGUAAGAGACGGCUGUCUUUCCCAGGAGCCCGAGCCAUGCAUCGGUACGGCCCCCGCUUCGAGCGACGGCGUCUCUGCCGACGCCUGUACCGCCAGCGCGUCGACUCUGUGGUCCUCCACGACUCUAUGAUCCCAGUGCCCAUGGAUGACAACAACAACCAAGGAAUGACCGAGGAAGAGGAGGAGGAGGAAGAGGAAAGGAGGUGCAGAAGAAGAAGGGAGGAACAGCUGGAUGAGGAGGAGGACGAGGGUGUCCAAGGAGAGGAAGACGAGAGAGGGAAGGGCGAUACUACGUGGGCGGAGCCAACUGUUAACAUUUUGAGGGAGAGGAUCCUGGGACUCCCUCUACCAGAGCCUCUGAAGCUGUACCUGCUGUAUUAUCGAGAGAAAUGAGACAUGUAGCAGAGCAUCAGUCUAGUGCUUAAGCUACUAGAAACCCAGAGAAGCCUUUUGUUUCUCCUGCACAUCUGACGUGACUGUACGUGCGGCAAAAUUGGGUCUCUGAUUUAGGGACUGCUCCCAAUCUGUUGAAUACCUUUC